AUGACGUCCACAGAUCACAGCACCGCAGCGCUCAAGAGUGCUAGAGCGAGGAAGAAAGCAAAGCUGUUGGCUUCCUUGCUGCGCUUUUCGGAUGCCCUGGCUGCCGCUCUGGACGCCUUCGCAGAUCUUCCCUCGACUUCAGGUCGAGCACACGAUGUGCCGUUGCUCAUAGUCAAUGGACCAUCUCUGAUGCUUCCCAGAGCCAUCUCUCACGUCUACCUCAAAGAUGCCGUCGCUGCCAGUGAGCCCGCCGAUGGUGUCGCGGCGUCAGCUGAGCCUGGAUCAGGCAAAGAGCACGUAAUAAAAAGCUCGUCGAAGCUUCGAAGCGCUCUCGAGCGCCAGCUGGUGCGCUUUCUGGUGGAACUUGACAAUGGUGAUGACGAAGUGAAUGGCGGCAAGCUCGGUAUAGGUGCGCCUCUGCGCUCGCAUAAGACGCAGGUGCUUCUGCGAGCUCCCAGCGAAUUCUCUGCGCCUGGCUGGGCGCCCAAGAGGAAUCUACGGCUAGAUCUGCGCGGCUUCGAGGCGCGUACGCACGUAACUGUAGAGAGCGAGUCGAUGGUUCGGGAAGGCCAUGCUGUCGGGCUAUCGCACUCCUCGAUGAAUGGCAGCGAUGGGAUCACAGACACUGUCAGGCAGCGUGGCGAGCAGAGCAUGUCUCUAUCGCAUCAUCUGGAUCAGGCGGCUGCCGACACCAACGCGAUGGACAAUGAAGAGGCAGAGCUCGCGGCUUUAGCCCAGGCAUUGAGCCCAGUCAAGCGAAGAGCGCAUGUCGCGGGGAGCAACGUGCCUGCCGUUCCUCCCGGUAGUCGGCCGGUGCUUGGAAGGUUGGUCAGUCAAGGCUCGCACACCACAGACUACGCUUCCACUCUCUCGCCGUUGAGUAAGAAGCGGUGUCUGGCUCCGCCACUCAGCUGUGACGAGCCGCAUCAUCACCUCGUGGGUCCCCAGGCGCCGUUCUUGGACCUGUCAAAUGCGCCGUACGUGGGACCCGAUCGGGCAAGCUCGUCGCUGGACUCCUAUAGUACAGAUGCCUCUGCGAGUCCGACCGAAGAACGCUCUGCUAAGCAGCUGCUUGAUGUGUCGACUGCGCUAGAAGGACUUAGCCUUGGUCAGAAACACCUAUCAGCGACCGCUGGCGGGCAUAGCGAUACAGAGAAGACAGAUCUCGUGCUUAGCGAUGCCGACCGCACGUCUCUCUCCGACGAGCUGGCCGCAUCGGCAGCAUCUAGGCCAUCCCGCAUCAUGCCCAAGAAUAUGCGGACGAACAGCCUGCUUGCUCGAGCUCGACUGUCAGCCAAAUCCACUUCUUCCUCACGCGCCAGCACUCCCUCCGACGAGCACCGGAACACCUCAAAGCCUCCAAAAAGAGCACCUCCACUUGCCGGCGGCUUUAUUGUAGAUUGCGGACUUUCGUCCGGCAUGAUGUGCGAUCCAGAGCAAGGCCGUUCAAGCGACCAGGCCAGGCAUGGAGCUGCAUCGAACAGCACAGGCGGCAUGUGGUUCGUGUGCGAGACGGUCAUUCCAUCGUUCAGCUAA